GCAGAUGCGGCGCGGUCUCUCUGCCGCCGGUUCUUGAACCAGUUCCCGACCUGUGUGGGCGUGAGACCCGUGGCCUGGGCCAGGUGCCGUUUCCUAGACGGGUUUGGAUACGGAUCCUGAAGCAGUGUCUGUGCAGAUCUGCAUCUACCGAUGAGUCAGUCAUCUGCAAGAGUCUGAGGCUAACCAGGAGAAAACAUCACAUCACUUUGUCUGGACUCUACACAGCAAAACAAAGUAAAACUGGAAGUAAAUCCGGAAAAAAUCAAGCUCAUGGGAAGGGAAUGAAAACUCCUUCUGUUUUAAAGUAUCUCAAUAACUUAGAAAAACACAUGUAAAAAAAUGAUGUAAUUUAUUCAGAAAAAACGCUGACAUUUAUUUUUUUUAAGAAAAAAUCUGUUAAUUCAUUUGAAAAAAACAGACCAGUUCUUGUUUUUGGAAACAAAUAAGAUAAAAAGAGAUGAAAUUGCAGAAAAACUGAGUUUUGUUUUUGUUUUGUUUUUUAUGUAUUUACUAUUUUAGGGACAUAACAUUUAAAAAGUCAUAAUCUUUUGUUGGAAAAACUAUUUUGAAAAACAGAGCAUAUUUGUUUGGGAAAAUAUAUCUAAAGCAGAUCAGAUUAUCAGAUCAACAAGAUUGUAUAUGUUUCCAGGUGAAUUCAAUACGCCUCUACACUGAAAAAUAACAUUUAUAGAAAAGUGGCUUGAUAUUUGUCUGUUUUAAAAUGUAGUAAUAGAAAAAAUGUCUACGUUCACUGAGUUUUAUUUUGAAAGUCCCAGUCAGGGCUGUUGUGUUGACUUCCGAUUAGCUUGACUCAGCUCUGUGUGAGGCGUGUGUUUGUUUUAGUCGAGCUGUCAGUGGAGGAUCGGGAGGAGAAGAGCCGAAGAGCGGCGGGACUACACCGGCUCACUCACACUCAAGCACGCCGCUGGAGAGGAGCUGUCAGCAGGGCAGCUGGAGUCUCUGCCUCCGCCGGGAGUGGACACACACAACCGUCCGUCAUGACUUCAGUGUGGAAGCGGCUCCAGCGGGUCGGAAAGAAGGCGGCGAAGUUCCAGUUUGCUGCCUCUUUUAAGGAGCUCGUCAUUGAGAGCACAAAUAAAUGGCAACCAGACAAACUGAGAGUGGUGUGGAUCAGGAGGAGCAGACGUCACAGCACAAAGCUCCACAGUUGGCAACCAGGGAUUAAGAAUCCUUACAGAGGCCUGGUGCUCUGGCAGGUUCCAGAGAGUUUGGACAUCACUGUCACACUCUUCAAGGAACCCACCGCAGAGGAGUUUGAGGACAAAGAAUGGACAUUUGUCAUAGAAAACGAGACGAAAGGCCGUAGGAAGGUGCUGGCGUCAGGUGACAUCAACAUGAAGAAGUACGCCAGUGCCACGCCGGGGCAGUACGACGUCAUACUGAAGCUGAAACCGCAGUCUGUGAAAGUGGUGGACGCCACACUGAAACUCAGCUUGUCCUGUGUCUUUCUCAAAGAGGGGAAGGCCACGGAUGAGGACAUGCAGAGUCUGGCCAGUCUGAUGAGUAUGAAGCAGAGCGACAUCGGCAACUUGGAGGAUUUUAACGACAGUGAUGAUGAAGCAGGGGAAGAGCGAAGAGCCAGCCAUGGACCUGCUCAUUUUGCCGCUUCUGCUCUUUCCACCACACGAGUGCACGACCUGGCUUGGAGGCCUGCAGUUGAAUCAGGCCCCACAGAGAUGGCUUGGAAAACGUCUUCCGGCAUUUCCUCCACCAUCUCGGCCCCAUUUCAUCCUCUUCCUCCUCUGCCUGAAACCACACAUCCCACUGUUCCAUCCUCUUUAUUGCGAACCCACACUCGACCACCAAGCACUAACCAGCAGACUCGGCCCUCCCCCUACGCCUACUCAUUACCGGCCUUUACACGUGCUCACCCCCCUGCACUUCCAAAAAUCUUCCAGCCCGGUGUCGGAUCAGCUCCUCGUAGGCCCCAUAGCUUCCACAGUGACUCCUGUCCAGCUGAGGGCUUUGAGAUGAAGGCUCUCUCUACCUUCGCCCCACCUGAAGUUCUCCCUGUCCCUACUCAAUCCACAUCUCCUUCUGAUCCUUCUCUCCAUCCUCCUUCGUUCUCUCACACCUCACAAACAGCGCAACCUAAUAUGUGGAGAGCGCAGAGUGUUCCCUCCGUUUCUUCUGUCUCCUCCGCCUCCUCCUCAUCAGUUCCUCCCAGCUCCUUCUCUGUUGUACCUCCACCACCUUCUGCACCCAGACAGCCCAAUAUAUGCCCCACCUCUCUGGGGGACCCCGGCUCAACCCUCACCAGACCUACUAGUCUGCCAACUGCCCCAGAGACAGCGCCGUGGCAGAGUGAAUGGAGGCCUCCUAAAUCUCAGGCCCCUCUAGCGCAGACAAAGUUCUCCCCUAAGUUCCUGCAUCUCUCGGCCAGUGAUCCCGGAGAGUCUGCAGUGGAGCAGAAAAAGCAGAGAAUAGAGAUGCCAUCGUCAUCCUCUCAGACUUUGGAACAGAAACCUCAAGGAGGGUUUGGAUUUGUUCCUUCCUGGAGACCUCAGGUCACCUCUAUAAUAGAACCUACACCUCCUCCAAAGCCUUCCUCUGUUCUUUUUCUCUCUGGGUCUCCUCCUCUUCCUCAUACACCCCAAACUGCAAUAGUCUACCCCAGUGUCCAAGAUACAGAAUUCAAAAGGCAGUUGAGCACGCUGAGUGAAGAGGACAACCAGUGCACAACAUCUACAACCCCUGAUCCAAGAUCACCAUCAAGGCCAGAGCCAUCCAGGACUUCAGAAAGAAAAAGAGACAUGUCUUUUGGAAUUGAAGUCAUUAAGACAUCUGCAGGACCUCCAAAUGUGGUUUCACUGCAGCCAUCAUACCCAGAUGUUGCAGAUGCAGUACAACCCCUUCCCCAGAUCCAAAUAAAUAAUACUGAGCAGAAGUUAGAAAAACAUCUUACAAACGCAACUUUAUUAUGUGAGGAGCUGCCAGAGGGGACUACAGAAACAAACAAAAAUGCAACAGAAGAAGAACCAGAAGUAUUGAGAGAAGUUGUCAGUGACAUUCCAUUAUUCCCUGGUAUUGCGAAGAUAUUGGACAGUCAUAAUGAAAUGAAGACAGAGACUGGGAUAGUAGAUCCAUUCCCAGUAUUCCAACCUGUGAGUGACAUUUGUGAAUCCCCUGCAACAGCUAGAGCAAUUAACCAUUGCCUAUUGGACAGUGAGUCUACAAGGAAUAAGAAAAUAGAAAUUCCAACCGAUGAACAUGCUCUUGGUUUUAAAGGGCAGGAGGAGCCAGUAGAACAAAUAGCUGAUAAUAAAUCCCACCUCAGUGCACAAUGUGUACCAUUUGACAUUAGGACUGAAAUUAAGAACAACCAAUCCCCUUUAAUGGAAACCUGUCCCGAUAUGACAAACAUUGCUGGUAUGCCAUCUAAAUUACUCGUAAAAGAAACACAUUGGUUAAUUAAUCAUGAGCCAAUCUGGCAGGAAGAAUCAAAAAUGAAGAAAACAUUUCCACAUUUUGCAUCAGACGAGGAUGAAAAGAACAAGAAAGAAAUGGUUUUACUGGUACCAUCAUGUCCCGGAGAGACCAGAAAUCCUGGAUUUCCUUCUUUAUCACACCACAGUUUAGGUUUUCAUGGAACAAGUAUGGUAAACAUGUGUUGUCCAUGUGUAUCCAGUAUACCUGGCUUGCCAUCUGUCAGUGAAGCCAAAAACAGAUCAUGGGUAUUCCAAGAGGAACCACUUUUUAUUACAAAAAUAAAGUAUUGUUCCAUACCCUACCCACAAACUAAGAUAGUAUUAAAUGUAUCAGAUAUGAUAAGUCUGGCAAGCUCUUCUCCAAAAAGCUCCUGUGUUGAGGGUUUUCCAUCAUUAAUGAAUCAUCAGUUAAGUUGGGAUUCAGAACACAAACAAGUUGGACCCAUGGUUGAAGAUAGACCUCACUAUGAAGAAAUGAAGACCAUGUCAGCUUUAGCCGCAAAUUUGCCAAAAGAGGCUAGUAUUCAUUCUUAUCCAUCUGUUCUGGAACCUCUAGAAAUCAGUGAUAAAUCUGCAAGCAUCACUCUCCUUCCAUCUUGCCCAGCUGUAAGUAAUGACAUGACAAAUAUGGUCAGUCUUUCAUGCUCCUGCUCAAAAGUGUCUCAAAUACCAGGAUUUCCAGCAUUGCAUUAUUCCAAAGAGUGGACAGUUAGCAAGGAGCCAUUGCUUGAGGCUAGAACUAAAGAAAAGCAGGUGUCCCUGACUGGCCAAUAUGAACUAGACAAGAGAGCAAUUAAAGCUAUGGUCUCCCUUUUACCAUCCUGUGCAAAAGCACCGCAAACGCCAGGAUUCCCCUCUCAUCCAAAUCCUCAAAGUGUGUAUUUUCUAGGAGAUAUUAUUAGUCUUUCUUCACUGUGCUGUCAAGUCUCAAGAAUAUCUGGAUUCCCAUCACUUGUUGGAGAUAUUAGUGUACAAUGGGUUGCAGAAAAUGAGUCAUUGUUGGAGAGGCCACCAACAAAGGGGGUCAUAUUUGACACAUCAAACUACAACAAAAGUGUCAAGAGGGGUAUGGUUUCUCUUGUACCAAUGUGCCCAAAAGUGUCAAGUAUUCCUGGUUUCCCAUGUAUCCCAAAUCCAAAAAUGGUGUUUUAUGGCCUAAAUAUGGUCAACCUCCUUCCUUUGUGCCCUCCAUUUUCUACCAUAUCUGGAUUUUCAUCUGUUGAAGGUGAUGAGGAAAAAGAAUGGGUUGCUGAGCUGGAUUCAUUGAUACACAGACCUCAAAAGAAAGUUAUAUUUAACAUUAACAGCUCACCAAUAAACACAGACAACCCUCAGAACAUGCUAGCUUUGGUUCCUUCUUGCCCAGGAGCAUCAACGAUUCCAGGCUUUCCAUCUUACCCUCGAUACAACAUGCUGAGUCUUCUACCCAUGUGUCCCAAAGCAUGCUCACUCCCAGGAUUUGCAUCCUAUGAACUGACCUCUAAAUUUCAAUGGCUUUUUGAUAGACCAAUUUUGUGGAGUUUGCUUCCAAAGAAGACACGUUUUGUAAUACACAGUCCAUAUCAAGAUGGAGAGACAGUGAAGACAAUGUUUGCCUUGGCACCAUCUUGUCCAGAAGUUUCCAGAACCCCUGGGUUCCCCUCUGCACCUCAAAUCAAACCCUGCAUUGAACACAAUAUGAUAAAUCUUUUGCCUUGCUGCUCCAUUGUUUCAAGUCUCAAAGGAUUUGCAUCUAUGACAACAACCCAAAGCACUGAAUGGCUAAAUGAAACAAACCCUAUUUUGAAAGAACCUCAGAAGAAGAGGGCAGAUAUAAUUGCUGACCAGUACCAUCUUAGUUGCCAUAGCAUGAAAAGCAUGCUAAUGUUAGUGACAUCCUGCCCAAAAGAGGCCAGACUUGAUGGCUUUCCUUCUGCUCAAGUUGCAAGCAGGCCACCAAACAUGGUCAGUUUAUACACAUCUGCCCCAUGUGUCUCAUGUGUCCCAGGUUUUCCAUCAGCAAGGAUGCUCAGCAUUGAACAUGUACAAAUACAAACACAGCCAACACAGAGAAAGUUGUUUGAUAAGCAGCAGCGUGAAAAGAUUUUUGUUGUUGGAAAACUCCCAGCGCCACAUGAACUGGAGGAAAUUAAAUCAAUGGUAGCAAUGGCUCCAUCAUGUCCACAUUUGACUCGAAGUCCUGGUUUCCCCAGCAUUGUGCAAUUCAAUCCAACAGUGAAAGAAACAGAGGCAUUUUCACUGCCUUCUACUGAAAAACAUACAUCACCAGAAUUGCCUCAUGCACAGUCAACUCAGCCAUGUGACUCAGGCAUUCCUGGUAUUCCCACCACUUCUGUUGGAAGCCCAAGCACUGAACUUGUGGAAUAUUUCGAAGGUGUUGCAAAGCAAAGCAUAGACCCCUCUGUAAACGAUGGCAGUGAAUCGCUAUUAGACAGAAUAACAGCAGAGAAGACCCAAACAAUGAAGAAACCACUGGACACACCAGAGCCAGUAGGAGUCUUGGGUUGGGAAGUAUUGGAGGCAGAGGGAACAGUAAAAGAAAAACGGGGAGAACCUUCUUUGUCAGCAAAGGAGGAAGAGACAUCAGGAUUAGUAAAGACUAUUGUUGGUGCUUUCCAUAAAGGUUAUGAAACAGUAGUAUCCAUAUUGGGGCCAUCUAGCUCGACUUUAAAUGAAGAGGAUCGCCAGCCCAAGGAUAUCUCAUAUCUGGACCUGAAGGACAAGAUCACUUCAGAUGAGUUUAUUCUACAUUUUGCAGACAGUUCUACUCCCAUACAUAAGACAGAGGGCCAGUUCGAAGACACUGACACCGACUCUGACAUUAAAUAUCCAGCAAGUGUUGAGCCUUACAUGUGGAACUUGGUGUCUGAUCAAUCAACAUCAUCUCCAUCAUCAGCUACCGACAGCGAGGAUGGGUAUUUAGUAUGUGCUGGCAUGAAGAAAUGGCCCCCAUUGACGGAGGCAGAUAUUACUGAAAUAUCAAAAGAAGAUGGUGAACAACUAGAGGGACAAGAAGCAUCUCUUUCAAGGGAGAGUUCAAUCACAGGGGAGGAUGCUGUUAGAAAGUUCACAGACUCCGAAAGUUUGUUAGCAAGAUACGAGACAGAGGAAGAAUGUGAUGAGAUUAGAACAGUGUCAUCUUCUUCUCAGCUGAAUAGUGGCCUUGGACAAACAAGCAAGGAAGAAAUGUCUGCUACUGACAUGUACCCUACAUCAAAUGAGUCACUUGCAGGUGAAAAUAAACUUAAAGAGGAUCUCUUAGUCAAACCUUCUGAUGAUCAAAAACUUAGUCCAGCUGGAACGCAAGUGGACCCGGUUGUUUUUCAACGAGGAAGACAGCCAAAGAGAAAACUUCCAGAACCUCUGCACAAAGGAGCUGAUAAGGAAAAAGACACUGUUCCAAUGCGACCACUUCGAAGGAAGGAUAGUUUAACACCAGAUCGCAAACAAAAACAUGAUGAUUUGACUAAAGCUGCCCAGUCUUUAAGGAAAGAUUCUGCUGAGAUGAUUCCCACCCAAUUUACCACUGACCUAUUUCCAUCUGACAGCAUAAACAAAGGAGACAUGAACAUCACUCCAGCUGUCCCCCAGAGUGAUCAUGUCCAAGAAAGUGUUGACACUCCUGCAACAUCCACAAGUGACCAUGAUCAGAAAAGGAUAGCUGAAUGUGUGCCAAUAUCCGUGCAUGUUGCUCCUCCUCCUCGUGUUAAAAAAAGAGAUAGUAGUUUGCCACCUGAUCCUCCACAGAAAACAUCCCCCUGCAAACCACAAAGGAGAAAAGACCAUGUCACCAGAGAAAAAACUGAUAACCAGCAAGAUUUUAAAUCACAAGUUAGUCCUAUGUUGGAUACAUCUGAUCCAAGCACUGAUGUGUCAAAACCUGUCCAACCUUUACAGAACGUCGAUAAACCAUGUCAAACAACCACUGAAAUGAUCAGUUCACAACCUGAGGAGGGCAAAGACAGAACCAUAGAAAACCAAGAAACAGAUUUACUUCAACAGAGUUCAUCUCUUCAGGCAGGAACAGAGGACAUGGAGAAACACAGGGGUGCUGACACCAUCACAUCACAACCAGAACCAGAGAAACCGUCUGCUAAACAAAUUUCUCCUGUCUCAAUAAUCAAGAAGAUACGUCUUACCAAACCGGGAAAGAAAGUUCCACCAAGCAGGCAUUUUAACAUUUUCAGUGACAAGGGAACAAUGGCCAAAGAUUUAGAAGUUACAACCAAGGAGAUUACAAAACCAGUCCUGGGUGACAGUAGUGUAAUGGGUGAUACAGAAAAGUCCAAGACAGAUCAUCAUCAUCAUCAUCAUAUAAUCACAACAUCAUCUCUGAAAUCAGAAAAUGCACCAGAGAUAGAGGCAGAAAGAGACAAACAAACAUCUCAACCUAUCCCAAGGCCUCGUUUGAGGAAACCCCUCAGUGGUUCCUUCCCAGAUGACUUCAUGGCUACGGAGAGAACAUCUCAAGUUUCACAUGGGGCAGAGGAAUUGGCGGAAAGGCAAUGUGCUUUAUCCAGUUUUUCAACGAUUUCAGACCCUCUUCUUCCUCUUCUGGUUCAUCAGCCUUCCACAUCUACAGAAGAAGUGACUGUUGUAAGGAUGAGGAGAAGCAAAUUAAGUCCUGAAAGUAGUGUCAAGUUAGAGGAUGUGGCCAUUUCUGAGAAGACCAUGGGAAACUCAAGCUUGCCUGUACCAAAACCAAGAAUAAAGAAACGUCUCAGUGAUUCCUUCCCAGACGAGAUGACAAUUCCUGGCUCACCACCAUCUGGUGAAUCAGACCAAACUGAUAAUUUGAUUGGUCGUGAGACAGCCCAACAGAACAAGCAGUCAAGCUUGCCUCUUCCAGUGCCUCGGACCAAGAAACGUCUCAGUCAAACUUAUUCAGAUAGCACUCCAUCUGUGGAAAAUGAAAUCCCCCUGGAAUCAUCUGAGACAUGCCCAGAUGAUACAAUUGAACCUAGCAAACAAACAAAUGAAUUGUCAACGUCAAUAGAUCUAAAUGUGAUCUUGGAGGGAGGUUUCGUCGCCACCCAAGGUGAAAAUGAUGUUGCAUCAGAUGUGGAGCAGGCAGUGCUAGCAGCAAUGCAAGAAGAGUUCCCUCAAUCAGAUUCUCUAGAUGAUACUGAGAAGCCACAGGAUGAAAUCUUUGAAGGCUGGACUUUUACGGAUAAACCUGUCGGUUCAACUUCAACAGAGAAGGUUGAGAAGGUAUCUGAGCAGGAAGACAUGGAAAAAGUCCUUCAAACAGAGGUCGAUAAUUGUCUCGCUCCCACUACUGCAACGUCUCAGGAUGACUGGCUGCAUGUGGAAGAUGCUAAAGACAGUGAACCAAUCAUAACAUGUUCAAGGAAGGAAAUGAGAGACGAAGAUUUGGACUUUUGCUUUGUGUCUGUAGAUGUAGCUGCUGGUUAUGUAGAAGAUGACGGGGAGAGAACAGAAGAAUCUUCUGGCCAGCGCGUACCUGUGCCCCGAGGCAAGAAGCGUUUGAGCGGUUCUUGUCUCGAUGAAAGCAAGUCUCAAGUUUCUGACCUCCACCAAACAAGUGCACCAACAACACCCCAAAAAAGACCUGCAGAUGGUGCUGCCUCUUCAGACAGCAUAUUGAGCAGUCCCAGCCUAGUGACGUCCAGCAAGUCUCUCCUGGAAUGGUGUCAAGAAGUCACACAGGGUCACAAGGGGCUGAAGAUCACCAACUUCAGCACCUCGUGGAGAAAUGGCUUGGCCUUCUGUGCCAUAUUAAAUCACUUCCACCCAGAAAUGAUUAAUUAUGAAAUGUUGGACCCGUAUGACAUCAAGCACAACAACAAAAAGGCGUUUGACGGCUUUGCCGAACUUGGCAUUUCCAGGCUGAUAGAACCUUCCGACAUGGUCAUGCUAACAGUGCCCGACCGCCUCAUCGUCAUGACCUACCUCAACCAGAUCCGCACUCAUUUCACAGGACAGGAGCUCAGCGUGCUCCACAUAGAGAAAGACAGCAGCGAGUCUAGCUAUGCGUUAGCAGGAGAGCGGGACAACCAAGACGACCCUGAGGCAACUGUCCGCUACUGCGCCCAGAGGCUACAGGAGGAGGGUAUCAGCCUGGAAACAAACGGUGCUGCGGGUACUGCAGAGGACAGUAAAACCAGCAAGGAUGUUGUUCCACCUCCGAGAACUAAGCGGUCCCAGGCUGCUGGGGCAGGCGGGACUCAGUCUCCUGUGGCACCGCCAAGAACAGGUUUCCUAUCCAAGUCAAGUUUCUCUCACAUCAGAGAUGCUGAUCUGGUCAAGAAACGAAGGUCACAGCGGAGAAGUGGCUCAAUAGAAGAAGGAGCCAUAGCGGGCCAAGACGACAGCGAAAUCAGCCAGAGGAAGUCAGAAACAGAGAGAACAGAGACAGCAGUCGAGGAGGGAAGACCACCGGGCCAGGACGCCAGCCAGUAUGUUCUAAAUCAGAUGGAAGCUCUGGAAGCAGAACAAAACCACAUCGACACCAGAGCCGGCGUGGUCGAGAGGAAACUCCGACAACUGCUGGAAACAGGUAGCGACAAGGUGGAGGAGGAGAGGCUGAUUCAGGAGUGGUUUGUGCUGGUCAACAAGAAGAACGCUUUAAUCAGGAGGCAGGACCAUCUGCAGCUACUACUGGACGAACAAGACUUGGAGAGAAGAUUUGAGCUGUUGAACGAGGAGCUAAGAGACAUAAUGGCGAUGGAAGAGUUGCAGAAAACUCCGGCCCAUAAACGCAGGGAGCAGCUGCUGCUGCAGGAGCUGGUGUCGCUGGUCAACCAGAGGGACGAGCUGGUCCAGAACAUGGACGCCAAAGAGAGAGGGGCUCUGGAGGAGGACGAGCGCCUGGAGCGAGGCCUGGAGCAGCGGAGGAGAAAGUACGCCAAGCAGCAGAAGGAGAAGUGUGUGAUGCAGUGAUGAGAGUGAGACACGAGUCAUGUCUGAGAAAGGAAAAAAGCAGUGACGUUUGGUCUCCUCACUGUCAGCAGUAAGAGGACAAUCAGGCCAAGACUGUCCACACAGUGGAGACGCGGAUGGUCCAAAACAGGAGCGAGGUUCUGACGAAUGUGUUCAGGCUCAGAGUCGAUGAGCGUUUUUGUCUUUUUUUUUAGCUUCUUAAAAUGUUUUAUUGUCUGACGACAGGUCAGCGUGGGUGAAGUGCGGAGUGUGAGUUUCCACAAAUUUGACGUCGUCGCCCGUUAAAAAAAGUCAUACAGGACGUUGGACUUUGCUCAGGCGGAGAAGCUCCGAGAGCUGCGUGUGCCUUUGCCGUUUCUGUGCCGUGUUUUUAGUGACUCACUGUUACGACAAAGACAGAGCAGAGAGAGAGAGGGCUGACCGUCCUUAAAGAGACUUCAGAGAGUUCAGGUUUUUUUUCUAGUACUCUUGUAUGAGUUACUGACGAGGGAAACAUGGCAAUUAAAACGGAUUUUAGCCCCUUAACAAUUAAAAUCAGCAGCAUUUUAAAAACAUGUUUGCCACUUCAUCUCGCCACUGGACGACCCUUUGUCCGACUGGAAACCUGGCGUUUUUGUCGCUUUGUAAACGGCUCGCUCUCCUGCACCAAAGUCCAUAGAGAAAAUCAGCGAUUUUACCUCACAGUACACAGGAGUUGUUGCUCUACUGUUGCCUCCAUCACUAACUUAAAAUGUGUUAUUUUGUGACUUAGCGACGCAAACUUACAGAAACAAAAACAGAGUAGACCAGCAGCCUCCUGUUUCCCCGUGAGCUAAAAAUGCCGAUUGUCUCUGUGGGAUUUGGUGCAGACGAGUGAGAGGUUUAGAAAUGUCAGUUUCCUGUUGGAAAACUCUGUCUAACGUCAAGAUGGAGCAGUAAAUGCACUCUUACAGUAUUGUAGACUUAAGCAGGAAUAGAUAUUGUGAGGUGAGCCUUUCGUUAAGAGGCAGCCAUGUUUUCAAUCUGUGUCAAAGCAUGUCAAAACACAGACAAUAUAAAUGAUGUCAAUGCAAAAUGUAUCCAGGGUUACGCAUCACCCUCCUGUGGCUGAAAUGAGUACUACACCUCCUGUCCUUUAUACUGGGAUGGUAAGUAAAUUUUAAAAAAAAAACUAAAAAAAACUCCACCUGCUUUGACUGUUAAAUACAACACUGUGAGAUUUGCCUUAUUAUAUGUUAAAACCAAAACUUGGGUUUUUUUUAACUUGUGCAGUUACUGCGUGUGUUAUGUGUAUAUGCUUUGUUUUUUGUUUAUUUCUAUUUUGAAAGUGGAAACGUACGUCUGUGCGAUGCUGAAGCGUUUCUAAUAUUUGACGACAGCAUCUUCAGUAGACAUGAAAGUGCCAACAAGGCAAAGGAAAAAAGUAAAUAAAUCACACAUUUAACUCUAUUUAUUAGGUUAAUUUAAAAUGUUAUCAGCCACAAGAAGCCAUUACUCUGACUGUAUUUAAACCAGAGCUUUAAAUCCUUUAUUAUUAGUAUUGUUAUUAUUAUUAUUAUUACUGCAUUUAACUUCAGUGUUCCCAGCAUUUACAGGAACAUUUGCAUGAGACUAUUUUUAUGAAAUUAGGGAAAAUAAACGUGGAAUGUUGUCACUUAUUUUCCUCGUAAUGAGGAUAUUAUUAUUUGUCUUCACCCCAGGACAAAAGUCAAAUCUGCUCAAAGAGAAAAUGACAAGAAAACACAUGUGAGGUGGAUGUUUUUAUUUCAGUACAAACAGAGAGUAAGUCAGAAGUGGGUUUUUUUAUGUGUGCGUGUUUGUGUGUAAAGGUUUGCGGUUGUCGUGUUUCCUCUCUGCUGACGGCAGGAGCUCGUGUGAGCGUUUUUACUGUGGUUUUGUUACAUUUGCAUUAUUUGUAAACUCAUACAAAUACAGACGUUUUGAAUGCCUUCA